AUGGGGUUCCAAAUUUUAGUAUUAACAUAUUUUCUAAUGUCUUUGGUUAUUGUUCAACAUGGGAUUUGCCAAAGAAUUAACGUUGGUACCGAUUUUGUUCAAAGAAAUGGCACCCAUUUUAUUUUGAAUGGAAAACCACAUUAUGUGAACGGGUUCAAUUCCUAUUGGUUAAUGAUCUUUGCAUCUGAUCCAUCUACAAGAUUUAAGGUUACUUCCACUUUUCAACAAGCUUCUCAACAUGGUUUAAACCUAGGAAGAACAUGGGCAUACAACGAUGGAGAUUAUAAAGCCCUUCAAAUCUCUCCUGGUUUUUACGACGAAAAUGUCUUUAGGGCAUUGGAUUUUGUGAUAUCAGAAGCAAGAAAAUAUGGAGUGCAACUUAUACUUGGGUUGGUAAAUAAUUGGGCAGAUUUAGGAGGUAAACAGAAAUAUGUGGAGUGGGCAAGAGAACGCGGUCAAACUGUCAAAAGUGAAUAUGACUUCUUUACACACCCCGUUAUUAAGCAAUACUACAAAAAUCAUGUUAAGGUUGUGUUGACAAGAAAGAACACCAUAAAUGGAAUGUUAUACAAGGAUGAUCCAACUAUUUUCGCCUGGGAACUUAUCAAUGAACCUCAUUAUGAAAAUGACACCUCCGGAAAAUCAAUUCAGAAUUGGGUUAGUGAGAUGGCAGCCUAUGUGAAAUCCAUCGAUAAGAAUCAUUUACUGGAAAUAGGUCUUGAAGGAUACUAUGGUGAAACAAUGCCACAAAAAAAGCAGUUCAAUCCCAAUCCCAAUUAUAUUCCAUCCGGAACUGAUUUUAUCUCCAACAACCAAAUUCCUCAAAUUGAUUUUGCCACCAUCCAUUUAUACCCUGAUGAGUGGUUACCAAACUCAAACAAGACAGUCAUAAAUGCAUUUGUUGAUAAAUGGAUAGAAUCACAUAUUGAAGACUCAAAUACUAUUCUAGGAAAGCCCAUUAUUAUAGCUGAGUUUGGAAAAUCUUCAAACUCAUCUAGACAUAGCAUAGCUAAAAGGAAUAGUUACUUUAGGAAAAUAUACAAAGCCAUAUCUACAAGUGCUUUUAGUGGAGGCUCAUGUGCUGGUGGAAUUUUCUGGCAACUUCUGUCUCAAGGAAUGGAUAAUUAUGGAGAUGGCUUUCAAGUUAUUUUUGAGAAUCAUCCUUCAACUGCCAAGGUCAUUAAACAUCAAUCUAAGAAAAUGUCAAAAAUCAAAAUAGUAUAA